UUUUAUUCAUUCUAGCUACAACCCUUCCUCCACCAAGCCGAGCAACCUGACUCCUCUGACCUGUCUAGCUUAUCUUUAACAAGCGUCAGAAGAGAGGGCUCUGGCAGGUGCAACAGGUAAUGCUCAGAUAACAUGGCUGAGCAAAGACAAAGGGCCCUCUCCACCUCAGGAGAAGCACUGUACCAAAUUUUGGGCUUAGAGAAAGGUUCUGCACACGAGGAGAUAAAGAAAUCCUACAGAAAACUAGCUUUAAAAUACCACCCAGACAAGAAUCCUGACAAUCCAGAGGCUACUGAAAAAUUCAAAGAAAUCAACAAUGCUCAUGCAAUCUUGACUGAUGUGACAAAGAGAAAUAUUUACGACAAGUACGGCUCGUUAGGUCUCUAUGUGGCAGAACAGUUUGGCGAAGAGAAUGUUAACACAUACUUCAUGCUAUCCAGCUGGUGGGCAAAGAGUCUCUUUGCAAUUUGUGGACUGCUUACGGGAUGCUACUUCUGUUGCUGUUUGUGCUGUUGCUGUAACUGUUGCUGUGGGAAAUGCAAACCCAAAGCAGCUGGUGGUGAAGACUAUGACUGCUAUGUCUCUCCUGAAGACCUUGAGGAACAAAUUCGGACUGACAUGGAAAGAGAUGGAGAUACACCAAUUGUGAUUCAGCCAACCAAUGCUAGUGAGAAAACACAGCUGAUUGGAGAUGGUCAUCGCAGUUAUAAUACAGAAUCUUACAACUGAAGAAGUGACAAAUGACAGCUGAAAAGAGACCAAUAAACAUCUGAAUUUUACACAUACAGUACAUUCUGUAAUUAAUUAUUUCACAUAAGGAUUUGGUAUUCACCCUUGCCUGUGGUAGUUUACCAACAGCACAAACUGUAUGAUGAAUAAGUCAUUAAAACUCCAGGAAUUUCAUGGUGUAAAUCUUAAGAGUUGUGAUAAAAGUGAAGAAAAAUGUCAGUAUUGUAUAUAAAAAGGUAUUUCAGUUCACCAUAACUUUUUCCACGGUGUGUAACUUAACUGUACUGCUUGAAAGAAGUGACCCAUGUACUGCUUCAGUGAUGAGUUUAUAGUUUUAUUUAUUUUUAAAUAUACCGUUUGAUGUUAUGAUGUUAAGAUUGUAAUGAUUUACUCCAAGUGUAUUUUUAUUCUAUACAUUUAAAGAACAAGCAGAAUAAUGAACAUAUAUAAUGAAAUGUAUGAAAUGAAAUAUACUGCAAUACAUAAAAAUAAUAAUAU